AUGAGCAGCUCAGCGAACGCCAAUCACAAGCAUAGAAACGGACUCCGCCGCAUCUUCUUCUUCAAGGAUGGACAACCACCAGUUGUAAGGGAUAUUGAUACCCCAGACUGGAAGAAAAGAAGAAUAAGAAAGAGACAACAUGAAAAUUUAAAACAAUUGGGUUUGAUGCUUCAGCGACUUCCUCAAUGCACAGCCAAUAUGUUGGCGAGUCAACCAAUGAGACAAUGCCAAACAAUUCCUUCGCCACAGGUAAUUUAUCAAUCCCAACCACAAGUCCAACCCCAAGCCUCCCCAAAAGCGGAUCCCCUGAUUCAGAAGAUUCCUCCAAUUCAGAACUACGGUCUGAUUACUCAGAUUUCUGAGGAAAUCUCUGAUCCUAAUGCGGAUGCAUUCUUUGAAGAAAUCGCCGCUUUUGAGGAUCAGGAUUUCGAUAUUGAAUUUGACCCACAAAUGGAAUUUUUCUAA